GAUUCAAAGCGAGGCGAACCUCUGAACGGUACGGAACGGAAUAAUACGAAACAGCACGGGGCACCACGAAUCAUCAUUGGGCUGCCGUCUGAAUGGGAUACCCCGCAGAAGCGCCUACACACACAGACAGAGCCACAGACAGAGACCUCUGACUAACCUUGUUCCGCUGCAUUAUUGCUGCUGCUGCUUCUGCUGCUGCUGCUGCUGACCCAUGGCCCGGGUAAUGGACGAUCGGGAGCGCGAGGCGAUUGUCCAGACUCUGCAUAAGGAUGUGCAGGCGCUCAAGGAGAUGGUGCGCAAUCGGGAGAGCGAACUGGUCAAGCUGCACCGCGAAAUACACAAACUAAAGAGCGUGCUCCAGCAGACCACCAACCAUCUGAAUGUCACCAGAAAUGAGCGGAAUGAGCGGAACGAGCGGCAGCAGCAGCAGUCCCCCCCAAAGACGAAGCUCUACUCCCUGCCCGAGCAAUGUGGCGAGCUGAACAGCACCAGCAGCAAGGUGAAUCCUCAUCUGUGCACCUCCUGUGGCAUGGUGCUGCCCAGCAAUCCAGAGUUUGCCAUGGAGGCGCUCUCCCUGGGUCCGGCAACAGGCACAGCUGUCACAGAGGCGGCGACAGCAGCGCCCGAGCUGCGACCCAAGCCACUGCCGGCGGCCAUCAAGAAGCAGGGCGUCUCCGCCGAGAGCUGCGUCCAGUCCAUGCAGCAGUCGUACAGCGCACCAAUUCCCAAAUACGAAAAGGAUUUCAGGUGGGUCCAAUAUACACUUUCAUUUCCGCCUCCUACUAAGCAACGAACUUCACUUUCUUACAGCGAUAAGCAACAGAUCAAAGAUGCCAUCAUGGACAAUGAUUUCCUGAAGAACAUCGACGCCUCGCAGGUGCGCGAGCUGGUCGAUUCGAUGUACUCCAAGAGCAUAGCGGCCGGGGAGUUUGUCAUACGCGAGGGCGAGGUGGGUGCCCACCUGUACGUGUCCGCCGGCGGGGAGUUUGCGGUGAUGCAGAACGGCAAGGUGCUGGACAAGAUGGGGCCGGGCAAGGCCUUCGGGGAGCUGGCCAUUCUCUACAAUUGCACGCGCACCGCCUCCAUCCGGGUGCUGAGCGAGUCUCGUGUGUGGGUGCUGGACCGGCGCGUCUUCCAGCAGAUUAUGAUGCGCACGGGCCUGCAGCGGAUCGAGAACAGCGUCAAUUUCCUGCGCUCGGUGCCGCUGCUGCGGAAUCUCAGCGAGGAGCUGCUGGCCAAGAUCGCCGAUGUCCUCGAGCUGGAGUUCUAUGCCGCUGGCACGUACAUCAUUCGGCAGGGCACAGCCGGCGACAGCUUCUUCCUCAUCUCGCAGGGCAAUGUCCGGGUGACGCAGAAGCUGACGCCCAACGCGCUGGAGGAGACGGAGCUGCGCACACUCGCCCGCGGCGACUACUUCGGGGAACAGGCGCUCAUCAACGAGGACAAGCGCACGGCGAACAUUAUAGCCCUGUCGCCCGGCGUGGAGUGCCUGUCGCUGGACAGGGACUCGUUCAAGCGGCUGAUUGGCGAUCUGUGCGAGCUCAAGGAGAAGGACUACGGCGACGAGAGUCGCAUGCUGGCCAUGAAGGCGGCCGCGCACAGCGACGAGGUGCUCGGCGCACAUGCCCAGCAGCAGGAGUUCCCCGAUUUGCGGCUGACGGAUCUCGAGGUGGUCAGCACACUGGGCAUCGGUGGCUUUGGGCGCGUGGAACUGGUCAAGGCGCACCACCAGGGCCGCGUCGACACCUUUGCCCUGAAGUGCCUGAAGAAGCGGCACAUUGUGGACACCAAGCAGGAGGAGCACAUCUUCAGCGAGCGCACCAUCAUGCUCAGCUCCCACUGUCCGUUCAUCUGUCGCCUGCAUCGCACCUUCCGGGACGAGAAGUACGUCUACAUGCUGCUGGAGGCGUGCAUGGGCGGCGAGAUCUGGACAAUGCUGCGCGACCGCGGCUCCUUCGAGGACAAUGCCGCUCAGUUCAUCAUUGGCUGUGUGCUGCAGGCCUUCGAGUAUCUGCACGCACGCGGCAUCAUCUAUCGCGACCUCAAGCCCGAGAAUCUGAUGCUGGACGAGCGCGGCUACGUGAAGCUGGUGGACUUUGGCUUUGCCAAGCACAUUGGCACCAGCGCCAAGACGUGGACGUUCUGCGGCACGCCCGAGUACGUGGCGCCCGAGAUUAUCCUGAACAAGGGCCACGAUCGUGCCGUGGAUUACUGGGCGCUGGGCAUCCUCAUCCACGAGCUGCUGAAUGGAACUCCUCCUUUUAGUGCCCCGGAUCCCAUGCAGACGUACAACCUCAUUCUCAAGGGCAUUGACAUGAUCGACUUCCCCAAGCACACGUCCCGCUGGGCGGUGCAGCUCAUUAAGCGGCUCUGCCGCGACGUGCCCUCGGAGCGGCUGGGCUACCAGACGGGCGGCAUACAGGACAUCAAGAAGCACAAAUGGUUCCUUGGCUUUGACUGGGAUGGCCUGGCCAGCCAGCUGCUGAUACCGCCCUUUGUGCGGCCCAUUGCCCAUGCCACGGAUGUGCGCUACUUCGAUCGUUUCCCCUGUGACCCCAUUGAGCCGCCGGACGAGCUCUCCGGCUGGGAUGCUGACUUCUAGCCCAAGACACUUUGUUGACCCAUGGACUCUGGCAAUUAAAGCUUUAGGUAGAUGCGAAUCACGUCUCCAUGAUUAUGU